AUGUACCUUUUUGCCGUGCGCAAGUCGCUGACAGUGGUCGGGCCGGUGUGGCUCUCGAGCGCGUUCGAGCAGCUUGGCAUCAUCUAUGAGCAGGACCCGCACUCGAACGCGGAGACGAGCUACGCCGUGGGCGCCUCAGAGCCGCUCGUGCUCGACGCGUUUGCGAUCGGCCGCCUCUGCUCGGGCGAGAUCCGCACCUGGGACGACGACUACCUCGUCUCGCUCAACCCGUGGCUCGUCGGCGUGGGUACCGUCCCGAUCGUGCUGCAGGCGGAGCCCUCGACGUCGGACACCAUGGCCGCGCUGCGGGACAAGCUGCAGGCACUCCGGCAGCGGGCGGAGCUACUGGCAGGAAUUCUGAGUCACCAUCGUCGGGACAUGCUGCAGGCGCUAUGA